CAGAUGGACAGACUGUCUCCUGCUGGAGCUCAAGGACUGAAGGACACCGUAAAGCGCAGCUGAUAAGCGGCUUUAAUCGGCUAAUUUUGCCCCGUUGGCCUCACGCAGGCUGCAGGUAAACACACGGGAGCUGAAAUCACCCGCAGCCCGACACACUCACCGCGCUCUGACCCCAGAGACUCCAGAGGGUCGUUAACUCAACCAGAUCUGGGGUCCGACGGAGGAGCCAUGGAUUACCUCCUGAAGUUUCUGACGGUUUUUCCGACUUUUCCAUGUUCAUGAGUUGAAAUGUUCUGUCUCCCAGGGGCCCACGGGACUCUGUCUGAUCCCCUUUAAUUCUAGUGAGUUAUUAUGUGUGUUGCUUUGUAAAGAAGGAGGAACUCGAGCUGUUUCUUUUCGGUUUUACGCGCGUGAUUUGCGUAAAGUGCGCACCGGAGCACCCUGGAGCUCCACGGCAGAACCUGAGUCGAGUCACCCAGGAUGACAUCACAGUACCGGGUCCAGAGUCUGGCCCGGCCUUCAUGAGAGCCAGCUGGCUUCGCUGCUGUGGCUCGGACGGGGACGGAGCGGAGGAGCCGCGGCGGAGAUGGCGGUCAACCUGAGCGCGGCUGCGGCGGCCCCGGAGGCGGCCGCGAGGGGACACAACGUGCCGGCGCUGGUGUUCGGGGUCCUGCUGAUCGUGGUGAUCAUCUGCGGGAACCUGCUGGUGUGUCUGAGUGUGUUCACGGAGAAGGCGCUGAAGACCACCACCAACUACUUCAUCGUCAGCUUGGCGGUCGCGGAUCUGAUGCUCGCCGUGCUCGUCCUGCCGCUCUUCGUCUACUCCGAGUUCGAGGACGGUGUUUGGACCCUCAGCACCACCAUCUGUGAUGGUCUGAUGACCAUGGACGUGAUGCUGUGCACCGCCUCCAUCUUCAACCUCUGCGCCAUCAGCAUCGACAGGUUCAUCGCCGUCCUCAUCCCUCUGAACUACAACAGGAAGCACGUGGACCUGCGGCAGACAGUGCUGCUGUCGGCCACAUGGAUCGUGGCUCUGGCCGUGGCCUCGCCCGUCAUGUUCGGCAUCAACAACGUUCCGGGCCGCGACCCAACCGAGUGUAAACUAGAGAACGACGACUACGUCCUGUACUCGUCCGUGUGCUCCUUCUUCAUCCCCUGUCCCAUCAUGCUGCUGCUGUACUGCGGCAUGUUUCGAGGCCUGCGGCGCUGGGAGGAGGCGAGGAAAGCCAAGCUGAGGAACAGCAUCCAGGCCUGCCGCAAGCUGCAGGAGGCCGCCGCCUCGUUGCCGCCGUUGGCCUCAUUGCCGCCGCCGCUGCCGCCAAUCAUAGAGCGAGAACCUUCGGACUCUCCAGAGGAUCAGUUCCCGUCUCAAGAACAGCCCUUUAACUCUUUGGAGUACACAGGCAGCCACGUGCGGACGGUGAGCCUAGCAGAGAUCAAAUUCAACCCUGAACCCCGCAAGAGGAAGACGGCCAAGAUCAACACCCGGGAGAGGAAGGCCAUGAAGGUGCUUCCUGUUGUUGUGGGUGCCUUCCUGUUCUGCUGGACUCCUUUCUUUGUCCUCCACACGCUGCGGGCUCGCUGUCAGGACUGCCACAUCCCGCCCGCCCUGAUGAGCGUGGUGACGUGGCUCGGCUACGUCAACAGCGCCCUCAACCCCAUCAUCUACACCAUCUUCAACACGGAGUUCAGGAACUUUUUCAAGAAGUUCCUGCACGGCUGCUGCUCCAAGAACGCCAGAUGAGGACGCUGCUGCUGCUGCUGCUGCUGCUCGGACGAUUUAAAGACAGCUGCAAGAGUUGCGCUCACAGUUGAUUUAGUGUCUGUCGUCCGUGUUUGUCCACUUCUUUUUAUUGUUUCUACACGUGACGGCAGCAAAGUUUGUUUGAGCUUCAUGUUUGCUGUGAAGAAGCUGCAGGCUGAGGAGCAGAGCGUACAUCAGUUACAUCACACAACCGACAAGAGAGAGUUUUAUAUGUUGACAUUCAUCUUUUCAGAAUAAAAGUUUGCACUUAAACGA